AUGACAGAGAAACCUUAUUCAUACCGCCAGGGCAUGGGCUUAUCCGAAAACGAGAGUGAUAGGAGAGAUGUUCCACCUCCAGUACCAGAGAAAGCACAUGUUGCAAACGAUCGAAAACAAUAUUACAAUAUGCGUUCUUAUCGCUACUCAUAUAGAGAACACUACCCACUAGAGCGGAAAGAAUCAACAGAUACAGUGCUCACUUAUGUUGAUGAUUUACUGAGAGGGUACAAUGCUAAUAUAUCAACAACAUAUGAUCCUUCAGUUGACGGAUUUGAAAAUAUAAAUCCAUAUCUUCGGCAGUAUUUAUACUUGCACGAAAAAACAAAUUCUAGUAUCAAAACACAACCAUAUAGUUCUGUAUCUUCUUUAGAAAGCCAACCAGAGAUCCAUAAUGAGCACAGAUUAUUCUCUUGGUUAUUCUCCAAGGAGGUUCCAAAAGUGCCGUCGGAGGAAGAAAGGGUUGAAUACCCAUGGUACAAGACUAAUUUAUUUAUGAGAAUGGGAUUAUGGUGGUUAUGGCCAGUGUUAAAGAAAGGUUACAAGCGAACAUUGGUUCCCGAUGAUUUGUUCAAGUUGACGCCAGAGUUGAAGGUAGAGUACAUGUACGGCAAGUGGGAACGCCACUUGAAGGUAAUCAUAGAGAAACACAAGAGAAAACACCCCGAAUCGGACAAAUGGCCGCCCUAUGCUAUUCCAUAUGCCUUGUUUUUGACGUUUAAAUGGCAAUAUCUCUUCUCAUGCCUUUGUCUCGCAUUGGCAUUUGUUUGCACAUCCUGCUCACCACUUUUAGCAAGACAGUUGAUUGAUUUUGUUCAGUAUAGAUAUUUCAGAAUCUAUACAACUUACAACCGAGGCAUUGGUUUUACCAUUGGUUCAGUUAUACUAUUAUACAUAAAUGGGUUGUUGCUCAAUCAUUUUUUUCACAAUGCAAUGAUUUGUGGGGCAAAAUCUAAAGCUAUCUUAACAAAGGCAUUGUUGAUGAAAUCACUAAAGUUGAAUGCAAAAUCAAAGCAUUUGUAUUCAGUGGGUAAAAUUACCAGUUUGAUGAGUACAGAUUUAUCAAGAAUUGAUUUAGCUAUUGGAUUUCAACCAUUGAUAUUAUGCUUUCCUAUUCCUAUUGUGAUAUCCGUAACCAUUUUGCUCCUUAGUAUUGGACUCUCUUCAUUGGCGGGUAUUGGUCUUUUCAUAUUGUCACUAAUCGUUUGUGCACUAUUGACCAGAAAAUUGUUUACAACCAGGGGGAAAGUUGUUCAAUUUACUGAUGAAAGAGUAUCACUCAUGAGGGAGAUUCUCAACAAUUUUAAAAUCAUCAAGUUUUAUGCAUGGGAAAUGGCAUACAAGGCUUCCAUUACAAAGGUGCGCAAUAAGGAAAUGAAACACUUGUUUACAAUCAAAGUCUUGAGAAACUUCAUCACAGCAUAUGCGUUGACUUUGCCAGUUCUUACAUCAAUGGUAUCUUUUAUAACAAUGUGGGCGACGGAUAGUAUGAAAUCUCCAGGUGAGGUUUUCAGUUCUUUAUCCUUAUAUGCUAUAUUAGCACAAGCAAUUAUGUUGCUUCCUAUUGCCCUAGCUACAGGUGCCGAUGCAUUAAUUGGAUUUAGAAGGUGCAGUGACUAUUUUUCAGCAGAAGAAUAUUCUGAAGAUUUGAAUCAACGAUUAUUGAAUUGCGAAGAGGAAUUCUACACUGGUGACACAAGCGGUGAUUAUAGAAAAGCCAUUAUAGUUUCUCAUGCAGAUUUCAAUUGGGAGAAAUAUUAUGAUGAUAAAUUAGACUCAGAGUUGUGGGAUUCGAGUUUAACUGAAAAACAGCAACGUGGGUCGUCCCAAAAUUCCGUAUCGAAAUACAUCAUUGAAAGUGACGAUGACGACGGAUCUAUAGCUACAUUUACAGACUCCGCUAGCAACCAUUUUAAUGGGCUAACUGACGUGAAUCUCACCAUAAAUGCCAAAGAGUUUGUUAUAGUAGUAGGUGGAAUAGGGUCAGGAAAAACGUCGCUUUUAUAUGCAUUAGCGGGGCACAUGAAAUUGUCCAAUCCCUCGAGAGGUCUGAUUACUAGAUACAAGGAGAUAUUGCUAUGUUCGUCGCCGUGGAUACAAAACGCUACAGUUCGUGAGAAUAUCUUGUUUGGCAAGCCGUUUGAUAUCGAAAAAUACAGAAAGGUACUCUUUGCAUGUGCAUUGGAGGAUGACAUUGCAAUGUUGCCUGCUGGGGACCGAACCGAGGUCGGAGAGAGUGGAAUCACCCUAUCGGGAGGGCAGAAAGCUAGGAUCAAUCUUGCCAGAGCGUGUUAUAGCGACGCCGAGGUUUUACUCUUGGACGAUGUGAUAUCAGCGGUGGACUCAAAAGUUGCGAGACAUAUUGUGAUACAUUUAUUCAAAGGAUUGUUGAAGGACAAGACAAUUGUUUUAGCCACUCAUCAGUUAGGAAUAUUGGAGUUUGCUGACAGAGUUGUGUUAAUUGAUAAUGGAACAGUUAAGGUUUGCAACCUGACGAGAUCCAUCGAAGAAGACCUUCACUUUCAGAAAUUAAUCGAACAAACUAAAGCUGCCCAGGACCUGGCCAACUCCGAUUAUCGUGUCACAAUAGAUGAUGAUGAUAAAAGUGGAAGAUUUUCCGGCGAUAAUGAAAUAGAUUUUACUGGAAGAACAACCACGGAAGAAGAAAGGGCGACGAAUUCCAUCUCACGGGACAUCUACAAGAAAUACAUUGCAUUAGGAUCAGGUGUCUUUGGAAAAUUUGCCGUUCCCAUAUUCCUAUUAUUGGUCUCUAUAGCCACUUUUUUCCAAGUGUUUACAAACACAUGGUUAUCAUUUUGGGUAGAGAAGAAAUUCAAAGAGCGGGGAGAUCACUUCUAUAUUGUCUUCUAUGUGUCGUUUGCAUUUUUAACUGUGAUUUUUACAGGUAUUGAAUUUAGUAUGCUUGCGUAUAUGCAAGAUUGUUCAUCAAACCUUUUGAACUUGAAGGCAAUGGGAAGAAUAUUACACGUACCAACUUCGUAUAUGGAUAUAACACCAUUGGGCAGAAUAUUGAAUCGAUUCACAAAAGACACAGAUUCCCUUGAUAAUGAGA